CAAUACCCAGCCCCCUGCACCUGAUAGUCCGAGACCCGGCCCACCCCGCACCCCGUCGAACUCGACAGCAAAACCUAAGCCAUUUCACUCUCCUUACCUCACCUCACCGUCAACGAUCUUGCGGGUAUCACCGUCAUCGAUUUGAGAAGGUUUUACAGAAAACUGGAUUUCUCAAGGAGGGACUAGAAAUUGAGUCGUCAUGGCUGAUAAGUACAAUGUUGAGGCUGCCGAGGCACUUGCCGACGAGGCACUGCACUUGCCCAUUGCGGAGGCAGUUCCAGUAUACGAGCAACUCUUAGCCACAUUUCCAACUGCGGCAAAAUACUGGAAGCAAUAUGUGGAGGCACACUUGGCCGUGAAUAAUGAUGAUGCUACAAAACAGAUCUUCAGCCGCUGUUUGUUGAACUGUCUGCAAAUUCCUCUUUGGCGAUGCUAUAUCCGUUUUAUCAGGAAAGUCAAUGAUAAGAAAGGGGUAGAUGGUCAGGAAGAGACUAGGAAAGCAUUUGAUUUUAUGCUCAGCUAUGUUGGAGCAGACAUUGCAUCGGGGCCUGUUUGGAUGGAGUACAUUAACUUUCUAAAGUCCAUCCCGGCUCAAACCACACAAGAAGAGUCACAGCGAAUGACUGCUGUGAGGAAAGCAUAUCAAAAAGCUAUUGUUACCCCAACCCAUCAUGUUGAACAGCUUUGGAAGGACUACGAAAAUUUUGAAAAUUCCGUCAGUCGGACAUUGGCAAAAGGAUUAUUAUCUGAAUAUCAGCCAAAGUAUAACAGUGCAAGGGCUGUCUACCGGGAACGGAAGAAAUAUGCUGAUGAAAUUGAUUGGAAUAUGCUUGCUGUGCCACCCUCUGGUUCUUACAAGGAAGAACUUCAAUGGAUGGCAUGGAAAAGGUUUCUAGCUUUUGAAAAAGGAAAUCCUCAAAGAAUAGAUACUGCUUCUGCCAACAAACGAAUUGCAUUCACCUAUGAACAGUGCCUCAUGUAUUUAUAUCAUUAUCCUGAUAUAUGGUUUGAUUAUGCUACAUGGCAUGCCAAAGGUGGCUCAGUAGAUUCUGCAAUCAAAGUUUUCCAUCGAGCUGUGAAGGCUCUUCCUGAUUCCGAAGUGCUGAAAUAUGCAUAUGCCGAGCUGGAGGAAUCUCGAGGAGCAGUUCAGCUUGCAAAGAAAGUCUACGAAAGCCUUUUAGGGGAUGGUACCAGUGCAACAGCACUCUCACAUAUUCAGUAUAUUCGCUUUCUAAGAAGAGCUGAAGGAGUAGAAGCAGCUCGCAAGUACUUUGUGGACGCCCGUAAAUCUCCAAAUUGCACGUACCAUGUUUAUGUAGCUUAUGCCCUUAUGGCCUUUUGUCUUGACAAAGAUGCAAAGAUGGCACAUAAUGUUUUUGAAGCAGGCUUGAAACGGUUCAUGCAUGAACCUGGAUAUAUUCUAGAAUAUGCUGAUUUCUUGUCUCGAUUGAAUGAUGAUAGAAAUAUCAGGGCAUUGUUUGAGCGGGCAUUAAGCACACUCCCACCGGAGGAGUCUGUUGAGGUUUGGAAAAGAUUCACUGAAUUUGAGCAGACAUAUGGAGAUCUUGCUAGCAUGUUGAAGGUUGAGCAAAGAAGGAAAGAAGCACUUUCCAGAACAAGUGAAGAGAGUCAGUCAGCUUUAGAGAGUUCACUACAAGAUGUUGUUUCUCGUUACAGUUUCAUGGAUCUUUGGCCUUGCUCUUCAAAGGAUUUGGAUCAUUUGGCAAGGCAAGAGUGGCUUUUGAAAAACAUCAAUAAGAAAGUUGAGAGAUCUGCUCUUGCGAAUGGAGCUGGUUUUAUAGAUAAGGAUUCUUCCGGACCAACAACCAACUCAAAUCCCUCAGCCAAAGUUGUUUAUCCGGAUACUUCUAGGAUGGUGAUCUACGAUCCCAGGCAAAAGUCUGGUCCAUCUGGUACUGGGCUUCCAGCUAUUCCAAGCGCUUUGACUUCUUCAGCCGUCACAUUGACUGGUGGUGGAACACUCAGUGCACCAAAUGAAAUUUUUAAAGGAAUGCCACCUGCCUUGCUAGCAUUUAUAGCAAAUUUGCCUGCUGUAGAUGGUUUAGACACUCUAAAAGUGAUGCUAUGAGGGUAUUCCUUAUUCCACUGAGUUGGAAUGCUACAUCAAGCCUAGCAGGUGCAUAAAUCUCUUGAACUGGAAUCCAACUCAACGCAGCUAAGCCUUUUCCUCUGAGAUUUCCCUCAAUAUAGAUGCUAUUGUUAUUGGCUUUUGUUAAACAGGUACACUUGUGUUUUCAUUGUACAGGCUGAUUUUCUGUGAUUUCUACUGGUAAUGUAUUUUACAUAUCCCAUUUCUGUAAUUUCACCUUUGUACAUAUCUCAACUACAGGAUUGUGAUAAUUGUUUCUUAAUUGUCCAAACACUCUCCAUAAGCAUGCGUAGUUAUCCAAUAAAAUUAACACUGUUGUCUUAUAUCUUUGGAUCACUAAAUACCUAGCACGUUAUCCUACUUACAUGAUUCUUAAUUAUCUUGAGUCAUAAAUAACAAUCUCUUGAUCCUUAUGUGGAACUGAGUUUACGUAAAAUUUCUGAGUCUAUACUUCUUCGUGUUCAACAUUGUCCAAAUUCACAUUUUAUUGUUAAUAAAGCUAGACUCCAUAUGUUCUGUUUUUAGUGAUUAUCUUAAAUCAUCCUGAUUCUAAAUCUAUUCUGCGAAGUCCUAACUUUGUAUUUGCCUCUGUUUCAUCCAUUAAAACAGUAUUGUUAAUUACAUGACAUUCCUUUGAAUUAAAUUAAACACUCCUUGAUUCAAUUUGGGCAAGUUGAGUCCAAUUGUUUGAUUUAAUCACACCCCUAGAGCUUUUUGACAAGCUGCCCAUUGAUUGCAUCUGACAUCUAAUGCAAUCUUACACACUAUCUUACUUGUGAGAACUGUAAUGAUAUCAAGCCUCAUUCUGGUUAUCUACCUUGGCAUUUAAGCCUAAACCUUGACUUUUAGUUACUGCAGAAAUCCAUGGAUUUACUUCGAUUUUGUUUUUUGGCCCAAAGUGGCUUUAACCCCAACUACCUUAACUCUUCAUCCACAAAAUUCUAGUCCUGUCUUCUUGUACCCUGAUUCCUUGCGACUUCGAUACUGCUAUUACGUGGAAAGGUAUUAAUAUUACAAACUGCCUCAAUUAGAAAAUGUUUGAAGAUAAAAAAAUAAUAAUAAUAAUGAGUAAAUACAAGACAACCAUUUUGUUUCAUCUGAACAUUGCAAGUGAUGAAAGAAACUUGUGGCCUGUUAGCACUUCCUAGAUUUCUGAAUCUUAUUUGGCAGUGUUUCACUUCAAGAAUCCUUAAAAAAUUCCAGUUAUUACUAAUUUUUUGAGAGAGACCAAGGAUUUGAAUUAUGCUUGGAAACAAUCAGGAGAUUUUCAAUUAUUUUAUCAAAAUAUUGAAGUAUGCGGUCACCUUGCGCCUUGCGUGCAUGCAUAUUUAUGGGCCAUUGCUCCAACUUAAAUGC